AUGAACAACCACUCCCUUCCUUUUCUACUCCCCCAACUAUCCCCAGACCCCACUUAUCCUUCGUCCUCCUCCAUCCUGUCCCUCGCUCAAUACAAAACUUCCAACCCCAUCCCUCACCAACACCAACAACAACAACAACAACAACAACAGCAACACCAUCAUCAUCAAAAACAACAAUAUCCUUCAUUACUUCCACUUCCAAUCUCUUCUUCAUCCCAUCACAAUAAUCCUUCCCUCCGAUUCAGAGACCGCUCAAAGUCCUUGGGAAGUGCCCCAGCCACCACUUAUUCUUCUUCUGGUAUCACCACCACCAUUCAACUUCCCCCAAUCUCCUCGAUCCUCAACUACACCCCGGGAAAUAAUAAUUACAACUAUGGUGGCCCAACCGCCCCCGCACCAAAUUAUCAUGCUAAUUCACCAAUGUCAAUCAGCCUGGCAUCAUCGAUAGAUACCACCGCAAUAACCACUACUGAGGGGUACAACUACUACACGAACGAACCUCUUAGCCGCACCAGAUCUUUCACCUCCUCUUAUCCUUCCCCAGAUCCUGGUAAUCGUCGCCGCUCCACUACUGAAGACAUCCCUAUUAUCGAUGCCCCUUGCUCCCCUUCUUCCAUCAAUACCCACAUCAUCCAUCAUGGUGGCACCAGUAAAAAAAGACGUCAACGGUCUGGCCCAUCGUGUGAUCUGUGUCGAGUCCGCAAGGUUAAGUGUGAUGCAGAAAUCAUUAUCUUAAAAGAGUUUGACCAUUGCCUGGCAAAAUAUCCAAAAUCUACUUAUCAUCCUUCUCUGAUUGAAGUGUUGAAUGAUUUCCAUCCUAAAGAUUACGGAUUAUCAAACGAUCAAUUACAAGCGAUCUAUCAAGAGUAUUACCAGUCUUAUAACCUGGGAAAGAACAAUUCUCAAUCGCCAAAGAUUGUGAAAAAAGAAGUGUCAAUCCAUCGGUUUGUCAAGACCCCGACAAAACUUAUUCGGUUUAGACCUUGCAGCGCUUGUAAUCUUCGAGAUGGUCAAUGUCAUUUCAGUAAAGGGUUUACUAGAGCCGAUAUUCUGAAAAGUUUUAAGAAAAGAUAA